GAGCGUCGCUACAUGAUGCAACCCCGUGUUCCGGCAGCGAGAAAAGCCAUUCCUUAUACACGUUUGCUACAAGCGGUACAGGUUAACGAGGAAGCCUGUCGCCUUAGUAGCUGGUAAAUACAGUGCAAAGCGCGCCAGGAGACGUAUAGCAUCCUCUCGCCGUAAUCACUGCACCCACAGCCGCGUCCUCGCAGAUGCAAGUCUGAGGCUUUCCACAUCUGGCGGCCAGUUGUUAAAUGUAUACCAGUGUACCGAGUGACUCGUCCUCGUCGUAGACUGCACUGCAGCAUAUUUUCUCCCCCAAGUGUGCCGAUCGGCUAGAUAGUUCACAAAUAUGGGAGGCGAAGAGAACGUUGGUGUGACCACGGGUCAGCCCAAUCUUUAUAAGCAGGACCUCAGCCAGCUCGAUGUCACCAAACUCACGGCCCUCUCCCGAGAGGUUAUAAGCCGACAGGCUACCAUUAACAUUGGAACCAUUGGACAUGUGGCUCAUGGCAAAUCCACCAUAGUCAAGGCCAUCUCUGGUGUCCAGACUGUACGUUUCAAGAACGAGCUGGAGAGAAAUAUUACCAUUAAGCUGGGUUACGCCAACGCCAAGAUCUACAAGUGCGACAACGAGAAGUGUCCCAGGCCUGCGUGCUACAUCUCAGGAGGUUCCAGUAAGGAUGACUCCUUCCCCUGCCUCAGACCUAUCUGCUCCGGCAGAUUCCAAUUGGUUCGCCAUGUGUCCUUCGUCGACUGCCCUGGGCACGAUAUUCUUAUGGCUACCAUGUUGAACGGAGCAGCUGUCAUGGAUGCUGCGUUGUUGUUGAUCGCUGGCAAUGAGUCUUGUCCGCAGCCACAGACCUCUGAACAUUUGGCCGCUAUUGAGAUUAUGAAACUCAAGCACAUUGUUAUCUUGCAGAAUAAGAUAGACUUGGUUAAGGAAGGACAAGCCAAGGAACAGUACGACCAGAUUCUGAAAUUUGUGCAAGGUACAGUCGCUGAAGGAGCUCCAAUUAUUCCUAUCUCUGCCCAGCUCAAAUAUAACAUUGAGGUCUUGUGCGAGUAUAUUACCAAGAAAAUACCAGUUCCUAUAAGAGAUUUCACUUCGGAGCCCCGAUUGAUUGUUAUUAGAUCAUUUGACGUUAACAAGCCUGGAUGUGAAGUCGACGACUUGAAAGGUGGAGUUGCUGGUGGUAGUAUUCUCAAGGGUGUAUUGAAAGUUGGCAUGGAGAUUGAGGUGCGCCCAGGAUUGGUAUCCAAAGACAGUGAGGGCAAAUUGACCUGUCGUCCCAUAUUUUCAAGAAUUGUAUCUUUGUUCGCCGAACAGAAUGAACUCCAAUUCGCCGUUCCUGGUGGACUGAUUGGUGUGGGAACAAAGAUUGAGCCAACUUUGUGCAGAGCAGAUCGUUUGGUUGGUCAAAUUUUGGGAGCAGUCGGUGCUUUGCCAAAGAUAUUUAUUGAAUUAGAAAUUUCAUAUUAUCUAUUGAAACGACUGCUAGGAGUCAGAACCGAAGGAGACAAGAAAGGUGCCAAGGUGCCAAAACUUUCAAGAAACGAGGUUCUCUUAGUAAAUAUUGGAUCACUCAGUACUGGUGGAAGAGUACUGGCAACCAAGGCUGAUUUGGCUAAAAUUAGUUUAACCAAUCCAGUUUGUACAGAAAUUGACGAGAAGAUUGCGUUGUCCAGAAGAGUUGAGAAACAUUGGCGUCUCAUUGGAUGGGGUCAGAUUCGUGGAGGCGAAACAAUUGAUCCAGUGUCUGACCAAAAUUAAUUAUAUUGAAAGGAAAGAAAGAAAUUGUGUACAAUUUAUUACGAAUAAAUUACGAUGGAUAUUA